GAACAAGCCAGGCUAAGACAUAUAGCCGCCUCCGAAUGGUAUAACUUCUUGCUUGACAAAACAGGUCAAUUCUUCACACACUUGGAGUGGACCUUCACGAAAAACGAAAUCGCCUAUUUCGAAGCGUGGAAAGAAGUGGUACCCAGGACAAGGACCAUACCGAUACCAGGCGAAAGCUCAAAGUACAAUCAGGAGCAGAUCAAACAAAUGCUAGCAAAAACUCCAUACCUCGACCAAGCAGAGAAAAAAGCCAUUGGUAAGGAGACUUUCAAAUCCUUAAGUCGCAAAAAGCAAGAAAAGCAACUCCCGAUAAUGCCACAACGCUUUGUUCGCUUAUGUCCCGCGGUCCGCCAGACCAAAAGGUGGAAACGUUUCUGGAAAGCCUUGUAUAAGGCAGAAUGGAUAAAGCGAUACGAUCUUUCGUCCAUCCAUCACUUCAAUUACGGAUCAUAUGUCCCGCGCAGGACCCUACCGAGCGACACAGCAGAUUUUCAAUGCCAUCUUUGCACAGAACAAAUCCACAACAACGGAGACGCCACCGACGCUUUCCUAAGCCAUAUCUACAACAACUGCGAAACAUCCAAAUACUGGUGGCAAGAGCUAAAAUUUACCAAGCCCAUGAGCUUGAACUCAAUGUUGGCCCCAGCCGACAACUCAUUGGAGAACUUAACAAAAUUAAAUUGGUUCGUCACCACGAUCUUCAAGGUCUACACCAGAAGGCGUGGCGAGUCGCAGGAAGUGGGAUCCUUAAGUCCGCUACAACCAGCCGAGUUGAAGCGACUACUACAGGAGACCUAUCCUAGGAGUCGAUGACGUAAUAUCCAAUACGUAAACAGAUACGUGCCAUGAGGACUGUCCAGGCCGUGACUAACGGAAGGGGACGGGCCGAGCUAAGACACUU